AUGCCGGACGGUUCCGUACUGCUGGUGGACAACGUCUGUCACCAGUCAGGAGAUGUCAGUAUGGCCUCAUUCCUGCGACUGCACAGCUGCUCUUCUCAGUUACCCAGUAUGCUCUGCUCCCUGGAGGAGCACAACUUCCUGUUUCAGCUGCAGGCAGGAGAACGCCCCCCUGAGGAUGCCAAAGAGGGUUUGGAGGUUCCAUUAGUUGCUAUAGUUCACUGGUCAACUCCGAAACUGCCAUAUACAUCUGGGAUUUACACCCACUACAAGCUCCCAAGUAUUCGGCUGGAGAGGCCGCGGUUUGUCAUGACCGCUCGCUGUGACUCUCCUGUUCAGGCUCACUCUACGUUUCGUGUCACCUACACGCUGCUGAACGACCUGCAGGACUUCCUAGCUGUCCGGCUGGUGUGGUCACCGGACAUCAACAUGGCAGCAGGUCGGUGCUUGUCAGAAGAGGAGCGACGUAUGACGCAAGCCGCCCAGGAGGCCAUGGUGUGUUACACUCCAAUUAAUAGUCUGGGAUUCUGUCGGAAAGGCAGCUCAGUGACCAUCGGUGUCACCUUCAUGGCUUUAAAAGCUGGUUUGUUUGAGCUAAGCCAACAUAUGAAGCUGAAGCUGCAGUUCACCGCUAGUGUGUCGCAGGCUCCUCCGGACGCUCGUCCUGUUUCAAGAAGAAGUAGUCCCAGCAGUCCGGCCCUUAGGGAUCUGGAAAGGCAGCAGCAAGGGGGCGCUCUUGGGAGAUCCCAGUCUUUCUCUCACCAGCAGCCCCCUCGCGGUCAACUCAUCCGAACCGGCAGCGUUAUGGAGCGUCGUGCAAUCACUCCACCUGUAGGAUCCCCCUUGGGCCGCCCCCUCUACCUGCCCCCUGAGCGGGCCACCCUAUCGCUGGAUAAAAUAGCCAAGCGCCAGUGCAAAGUUCUGGUGGUCAAUCCAGUGCAGUGA